GUUUUGAAAAUACCGGUGAUCUCCCAUGUUUAGACCAACGUGGGAGAAGAAAGCGCCCAAAAGAAAGAUCUGGGGUUCUGCAAGGACUUGCUCACAGACUUAAACUUUUGACACGCCUGCAAAAUUAAAAGCCUGGUGAGUUUUCGAUGAACCAAUUCUGGUCAUGGUGAAAGAUAUGGCCAGCCAGAAUUUCUUCCAGCCUGUCUCAUCCUGGAUUUCUCGCAUGUGUGAAGCUGUUCAUCUAACCAGUGGCCCAGAAUCUAUUGCUCAAACGAAAUUAAAUGAUACAGAGUCCAGUGUGAAUAUAGACCAAGGCUCCGAGUAUAAUGGUGAUAAUGAGCAGAACUUGGAUGAAUUAUCAGAAGAUGAAGAGCUAUCGUAUGGAAAGCCAACUCUUGUUGUUCAUACUUCGGACGCAGAGUCAUGGACAUCUACUGAUGACGAGGAGGAAAGCUCCAGCUUAGCCCAGAGGAGUCAAGUAAGUGUACAGCUACCAGAAUCAAGGAAUGGCACACCACAUCGACCUGAAAAACGGAUUUCUCCUGUAAAAAACUACGAGGACAGCAGUCUUUUAGAAACACUUUCGACAAUUCCAGAAGAUAAUGAAGAAUAUGUAAAUAGAGAAAUAACUGCUCUUAUAAAGGAUCUUGAAACAACAUCUUUUAGCUCUUUAGGAACAGUUAAUGGCAAGAGUUCCAGAGUGAGCAGUUAUGGGGAUGAUGACGAACUAACCACAUCUUCAGACAGUGAUGAAGAGGUAUAUAAGCAAUUUCAAAUUUCAGUGUCGCGUUCUCAGAGCUUUCGCUCCAACGUAUCUGAAAAGGCAACACAGGCUGGCUCAGACAGCAAGCCAAAGUUCAACCGCUUGCUAUCAAACCACGAGGAGCUGAGCACAGAGGCUUCUGAAUGUGAAGAUUUGGAUAUUAGUUACAAUGAAGAUGGCGUAUUGGUUCACUCUCGUGCGGCAUCAGAGGCUAGUGACCUACAGGAUGCUAGACUGGAGGCUGGGUCCACCUCUAGCAGAAACCGCCAAAUUAUUGACGGUCAGGAAAUGGAGACUGGCUUUAGCAACAAUGGGUUUGAAGAUCACAAUGGUACAGACAGUUCGGCUGGAUGGAGCUCAGAGGAACAAGGAGAAGGUAGCCUUGAACCUCAUGCAGGCCACGUGCCAAUUUCCAAAUGUGGUGACCUGGACAUUACCCUUUAUUACAAAGCUUCCAGUCAAAAGCUGACGGUAACAGUUGUGGAAGCCAAAGAUAUUCCUGAUAAGGAUCGUAGUGGAGUAAGCACAUGGCAAGUCCAUGUUGUCCUACUGCCAAGCAAGAAGCAAAGGGGGAAGACUGCUGCACAAAAAGGCUCUCAGCCUGUCUUUAAUGAGAGCUUUACAUUUAACAAGCUUGAAAUGGAUGAGCUGGCCAACCAUGCCAUUCGAUUCCGUUUGUAUGCUGUACAGAAGAGGAUCCGUGAAAAGAUGAUGGGUGAAAAGCUCUUCUCAUUGAAGAAUCUGACAUCUGAUGGGGAAAUCAGCAGGACAUUAGUCUUGGAGCCCAGGAGCAACUUAAGCAGCGGCGAUUCCGAGUUAAGUUUUUCUGCCGUCUCGCCCACUGAUAGCGCUUUGUCUCUGUCGCAUGGCGGGGUGCCGGAGCUUCUGGUGGGGCUAUCGUAUAAUGCUACCACAGGACGCCUUUCUGUGCAAAUGAUCAAAGGAAGUCAUUUUCGUAACCUCGCCAUCAAUAGGCCACCCGAUACCUAUGGAAAGCUUUCUCUUCUGAACGCCGUGGGACACGAACUGUCAUGCUGUAAGACAUCAGUACGUAGGGGCCAACCAAACCCAGUCUACAAAGAGACCUUUAUCUUCCAAGUUGCAUUGUUUCAACUCACUGAUGUCACAUUGAUGAUUUCAAUCUACAACCGGCGUGCAAUGAAAAGGAAGAAAAUGAUUGGAUGGAUUUCCCUUGGUCAGAACAGCAGUGGAGAAGAAGAGCAAAUUCAUUGGCUGGAAAUGAAAGAGUCAAAAGGCCAGGAAGUCUGUCGGUGGCACACACUGCUGGAAGCUUAAUGAAUGCUUCCUCUCUCUAGAACUUGUAGCAUAAUAGGAAAGAAGUUGAACCCGUGAUGAAACAUUGCCUUGAUUACCUGUGGCAUACUCUGUCACUGUGUCAAAUGGAGACGUAUAUUUUUACUGCACUAUCAUUUCUGGUACAAAGCUGUCAUGACGGUUUCACACUAUGUCACAUUCCUCUACAGAUAUUACAGGAGAUGAAAAGCACAACAUUUCAUCCUGAAGACUGCAGUAGGAGCUCCUACCCUAAUUAGAGAAGAACUAUAUAUAUAUAUACUAAGCACAAUUCACAUCUAAAGUCAGCACAUCUCAAAACCUGAAUGACAACCCUAUGUGUAGACAUCUUUAGGCCUCAUGUACACUGGACGUUUUUCCAAUUCUUCUAGAUGCCUUUCCUCCUAGCAGCAGCGUUAUGAGAGAAAAAACCCUUGAUGCUUGUAAACGUGUGUAAUGAAUAAUAAUUUAUUAUGGCCAUUGAAAUUAAAAACGCUCAAGUGCUAAACAUUUGUAACGAAACUGACGUUCCGACGCCACCGUCUUGCUACACUCUGGACUCAUCCACAGUAAGAAUACAGCGGACAUCUUGUUACACCUUAAAGGGGUUGUAAAGGUUUGUUUUUUAUUUUCUAAAUAGGUUCCGUUCA